AAUUAACUAUUUCUCGGGUAUAAGUGGAUGCGCGCAUGCAAGCGAGUUUACAUUGUGCCAGUGACCGACGCGUGUGACGGAAAACAUGGAGUACACUAUUAAGACAUUCACGUUCGUUCUGCUGGCUGUGUCAGCCCUGGCGCAGUACGAGGACUUCGGCGGGUUCGAGGGCUAUCAUCCCAAGGCCAUCCUGCACCACCAACACCAAAGCCUUGACGACCACCACGGCGAAGAGUAUGAUUUGGAUUAUCAUGCGCAUCCCAAAUACUCGUUCGACUACUCAGUGAAGGACCCCCACACGGGCGACGACAAGGAGCACUGGGAGACCAGGGACGGCGAUAAAGUUAAAGGCACAUAUACCCUAGUCGAGACGGACGGAACAAAACGCGUAGUGGAAUACGAAGCGGACGACAAAAACGGAUUCAACGCAGUCGUACACAAGAUAGGAACGCCCAAACACCAGGAGGAGUACCACGCGGAGCCUGCGCACGAGCCGCUACAAUACCAACACGACUACGGACACUUCGACGAAGGAUUCGUACCCGUUUCGGGCGGAUUCGAACACUGAACGCACGAACUUUGACACGUAAGCUCGCAUCUCUAUUGGUCAGUUUUAGUCUUACUUAAGAAUGAGUGAAUGAUUGAAUGUGACUGGGAUAUUGCUAAACAGUGGUAGUGACGAAAAUGCUUUAAUUUCUUUUUUUUAUAUUAAAGGUUGUUUAUGGCCUAUUUAGACCCAUUUAUGUGUGUGUGCAGAUAUGAUCAUGAUUUAUUGUAGUAAUGGCGAUAAUAGAGUCCAAGUUUAAAAAAGCUACAACGUAUGUACUGUGUUAAUAACAUCUUACAAGUUAUUCAAACAUAAUUCUUAUAUCUCGGACUAAUGAAUAUAAACUUAAACUGAAUGAAAUAAGAUUAAAAUUGCGUCUAUAAUUCACUCCUAGGUCAUAGUCAAGUAUUAUGAGGAAUGAGAUUUUAAGCCCUAAAUCUUGACUUGAAUGCUUGUUAUAAAUUUGUUAUAAUUGGUAUCAUUACCUCUGUACACUUACUGUUAAUCUAUUUAUUUGUGUGGAUCUGUAUGUGGUAAUAUUGUUACAUCCUUGUUAUGCUUAUUGUAUUGUUUCAUUCUGAAAUGUAUAUUGUUAACUUUUGCGUAGUUUAUAAGUGUUGUACAAAAAUUCUUGAGAUUAAACUUUUUAAUUGUUAUGAA